GAGCGCGUAGGAGAGGAGGACAGUUGAGCAAUUAAAUCUCUCAGUUGAAGACAGGUAAGCCUCAUUUACUUCUUCACAGGUGGCAGUUCAGUAAUUUCAGUGAAAUCAACCUUCUUCUCUUACAUACUCUUUUACUAUUUAUAAUCUCACUCCUUCAUUGCACCAAAUCGCAUUACUCUCACUUUCACAUUGUCUUUCUCUUCUUCCUCUUCGUCUUACGAUGAAAGUUGUUUCGGAUGGCAUUGUUGUCGUGUUUGCCUUCUGCAUUGUACUUGGUUGUGGUUCGUUGGUAGUGGGGGAGGUUGCAAAGGUUAAGGAUGACAAGCAUUUGAUUCAUCCCCCUCAUCUGUUGGGGCCUGGGAUUAUCAAGAGAGGGUUUAAGCGCGGUGGACUUGGUUUUGGUGGUGGUUUGGGAGGAGGAGGUGGCGUAGGUGGUGGCUUUGGAGGUGGUGCCGGGGGAGGAGGUGGUCUUGGUGGUGGUGGAGGUCUUGGAGGAGGUGCAGGUGGCGGACUUGGCGGGGGUGCUGGAUUUGGUGGAGGUGCUGGUGGAGGCCUUGGAGGUGGAGGUGGGCUUGGUGGUGGUGGUGGUCUAGGAGGUGGAGGUGGGCUUGGUCACGGAGUCGGUGUCGGUGGUGGUGGCGGACUUGGUCAUGGUGUGGGUGGAGGCAUUGGAGGAGGAGCAGGUGGUGGUGGUGGCUUAGGAGGUGGAGGUGGAGGUGGGCUUGGUGGUGGUGGUGGAGUUGGUCACGGUAUUGGUGGUGGCGUUGGAGGAGGAGCAGGUGGUGGUGGUGGUUUAGGAGGUGGAGGUGGAGGUGGGCUUGGUGGUGGUGGUGGAGUUGGUCACGGUAUUGGUGGUGGCGUUGGAGGAGGAGCAGGUGGUGGUGGUGGUUUAGGAGGUGGAGGUGGAGGUGGGCUUGGUGGUGGUGGUGGAGUUGGUCACGGUAUUGGUGGUGGCGUUGGAGGAGGAGCAGGUGGUGGUGGUGGUUUAGGAGGUGGAGGUGGAGGUGGGCUUGGUGGUGGUGGUGGAGUUGGUCACGGUAUUGGUGGUGGCGUUGGAGGAGGAGCAGGUGGUGGUGGUGGUUUAGGAGGUGGAGGUGGAGGUGGGCUUGGUGGUGGUGGUGGAGUUGGUCACGGUAUUGGUGGUGGCGUUGGAGGAGGAGCAGGUGGUGGUGGUGGUUUAGGAGGUGGAGGUGGAGGUGGGCUUGGUGGUGGUGGUGGAGUUGGUCACGGUAUUGGUGGUGGCGUUGGAGGAGGAGCAGGUGGUGGUGGUGGUUUAGGAGGUGGAGGUGGAGGUGGGCUUGGUGGUGGUGGUGGAGUUGGUCACGGUAUUGGUGGUGGCGUUGGAGGAGGAGCAGGUGGUGGUGGUGGUUUAGGAGGUGGAGGUGGAGGUGGGCUUGGUGGUGGUGGUGGAGUUGGUCACGGUAUUGGUGGUGGCGUUGGAGGAGGAGCAGGUGGUGGUGGUGGUUUAGGAGGUGGAGGUGGAGGUGGGCUUGGUGGUGGUGGUGGAGUUGGUCACGGUAUUGGUGGUGGCGUUGGAGGAGGAGCAGGUGGUGGUGGUGGUUUAGGAGGUGGAGGUGGAGGUGGGCUUGGUGGUGGUGGUGGAGUUGGUCACGGUAUUGGUGGUGGCGUUGGAGGAGGAGCAGGUGGUGGUGGUGGUUUAGGAGGUGGAGGUGGAGGUGGGCUUGGUGGUGGUGGUGGAGUUGGUCACGGUAUUGGUGGUGGCGUUGGAGGAGGAGCAGGUGGUGGUGGUGGUUUAGGAGGUGGAGGUGGAGGUGGGCUUGGUGGUGGUGGUGGAGUUGGUCACGGUAUUGGUGGUGGCGUUGGAGGAGGAGCAGGUGGUGGUGGUGGUUUAGGAGGUGGAGGUGGAGGUGGGCUUGGUGGUGGUGGUGGAGUUGGUCACGGUAUUGGUGGUGGCGUUGGAGGAGGAGCAGGUGGUGGUGGUGGUUUAGGAGGUGGAGGUGGAGGUGGGCUUGGUGGUGGUGGUGGAGUUGGUCACGGUAUUGGUGGUGGCGUUGGAGGAGGAGCAGGUGGUGGUGGUGGUUUAGGAGGUGGAGGUGGAGGUGGGCUUGGUGGUGGUGGUGGAGUUGGUCACGGUAUUGGUGGUGGCGUUGGAGGAGGAGCAGGUGGUGGUGGUGGUUUAGGAGGUGGAGGUGGAGGUGGGCUUGGUGGUGGUGGUGGAGUUGGUCACGGUAUUGGUGGUGGCGUUGGAGGAGGAGCAGGUGGUGGUGGUGGUUUAGGAGGUGGAGGUGGAGGUGGGCUUGGUGGUGGUGGUGGAGUUGGUCACGGUAUUGGUGGUGGCGUUGGAGGAGGAGCAGGUGGUGGUGGUGGUUUAGGAGGUGGAGGUGGAGGUGGGCUUGGUGGUGGUGGUGGAGUUGGUCACGGUAUUGGUGGUGGCGUUGGAGGAGGAGCAGGUGGUGGUGGUGGUUUAGGAGGUGGAGGUGGAGGUGGGCUUGGUGGUGGUGGUGGAGUUGGUCACGGUAUUGGUGGUGGCGUUGGAGGAGGAGCAGGUGGUGGUGGUGGUUUAGGAGGUGGAGGUGGAGGUGGGCUUGGUGGUGGUGGUGGAGUUGGUCACGGUAUUGGUGGUGGCGUUGGAGGAGGAGCAGGUGGUGGUGGUGGUUUAGGAGGUGGAGGUGGAGGUGGGCUUGGUGGUGGUGGUGGAGUUGGUCACGGUAUUGGUGGUGGCGUUGGAGGAGGAGCAGGUGGUGGUGGUGGUUUAGGAGGUGGAGGUGGAGGUGGGCUUGGUGGUGGUGGUGGAGUUGGUCACGGUAUUGGUGGUGGCGUUGGAGGAGGAGCAGGUGGUGGUGGUGGUUUAGGAGGUGGAGGUGGAGGUGGGCUUGGUGGUGGUGGUGGAGUUGGUCACGGUAUUGGUGGUGGCGUUGGAGGAGGAGCAGGUGGUGGUGGUGGUUUAGGAGGUGGAGGUGGGCUUGGUGGUGGUGGUGGCAUUGGAGGAGGAGCAGGUGGUGGUGGUGGUUUAGGAGGUGGAGGUGGGCUUGGUCAUGGUGUUGGUGGCGGCAUUGGAGGAGGAGCAGGUGGUGGGCUUGGUCAUGGUGUCGGUGGUGGCAUUGGAGGUGGAGCAGGAGGCGGUGGUGGUUUGGGAGGUGGUGGUGGUUUGGGAGGUGGUGGUGGCAUUGGAGGGGGAGCGGGUGGUGGUUUAGGAGGUGGUGGUGGCGUUGGAGGGGGAGCGGGUGGCGGCGGUGGACUUGGUCAUGGUGUGGGUGGAGGCAUUGGAGGAGGAGCGGGUGGUGGUGUAGGGGGAGGUGGUGGUGCUGGUGGAGGAGGUGGGUUUGGCGGUGGUGGUGGGGUUGGAGGUGGUGUAGGUGGAGGAGGAGGGUUUGGAGGUGGAGGUGGAGUUGGAGGAGGAAUCGGAGGAGGAGGAGGUGGGGGAUUUGGUGGCGGUGGUGGCUUUGGAAUUAGUGGUGGUUUUGGUGGUGGCGGUGGUGCUGGAUUUGGUGGUGGGCACUAAGUAGAAUGUAAGAGUGUUGAUAUAAAGUUGGUGUGCAAGAGUCACUGAAAUUGUUUUUUACCCAUGUCAUGUUUUCUUUAAAGAAAACAGUUGAUGCUUAUAAGAUUUGAAUUAGUUAUAUUUCAGUGGUUUCUACUCUUGUAUAUCAGAUGCUAUGCUGUAUACAUGUCUUCUUGUUUGUAUUAAUCAUGCAUCGGAAGCAAAGCUUUGUAAGUUGUACUAAUUUUUGCCAAUAAUAUACCAUUUUUAUGGCAGUGUAAGUUCAA